ACAAGGCAGAUACCAUAUAUGAUAUAUCCAUCAACAGAGAGAGAGAGAAGAGUAUUUUAGAGAGAGAAAGUGAAGAGCGCCAACAAUGACUGUCACUUCGAGAUCGCCAUUUAUACUCUUCUCUCUCCUCACCAUCAUCACCACCGCUCUCUUCUUCACCACCACCGUCGCCGAGAUCCGAUCCACCGAGAUCCGCUCCGACGCCCGAUCCACCAUCCCCUUCGACGAAUUCGGGUUCACCCACACCGGCUUCCUCAUCCUCAACGUCUCCCAAAUCUCCCUCUCCAACUCCAACCCGAACGUCAAACCCGACACCGCCCUAGUCGGGUUCUUCCUCUCCACCCGCGAGUCAUGGAUCCACGUCCUCGAACAGCUCCAAGAAGAAGACAUCGCCUGCUCUCUCCAAUCCAAUCUCGUCAAACGCAUCUUCACCUUCGAUCAAAUCAACGGCGGAGAUCGCUUCGACACCACCUUCGGAGUCACCGACGCCAACCAGUUCACUCUCGUCUUCGCCAAUUGCAACCCUAAUCUCCAAAUCUCCAUGAACGUUCGCUCCACCAUGUACAAUCUCGACUCCAAAUCGAACCGCCGCGAUUAUCUCUCCGCCGGUAAAACCAAUCUCCCCUGGAUUUAUUUCAUGUUCUUCUUGAUAUAUGCAACCGUCGCGUGUAUAUGGAUAUACAUACUAUACAAUAAAUUAUUAUCAGUGUUUCGAAUCCAUUUCUUCAUGCUUGCUGUGAUUGCAUUAAAAGCAUUGAAUUUGAUUUGUGAGGCUGAGGACAAAUCUUAUAUUAAGAAGACUGGUACUGCUCAUGGUUGGGAUGUUCUGUUUUACAUAUUUAGCUUCUUGAAGGGAAUUACAUUGUUCACAUUGAUUGUGUUGAUUGGGACUGGUUGGUCAUUCUUGAAACCCUAUUUGCAAGAUAAGGAGAAGAGGGUUUUGAUGAUUGUUAUACCAUUGCAAGUCGUUGCAAAUGUAGCUCAAGUGGUGAUUGAUGAGGCUGGUCCGUAUGGGCAGGAUUCAUACACUUGGAAGCAAGUUUUUUUACUUGUUGAUGUGGUUUGUUGCUGUGCUGUGUUGUUUCCGAUUGUGUGGUCGAUUAAGAACAUGCGGGAGGCCGCUAGGACGGAUGGGAAGGCCGCGGUGAACCUGAUGAAGUUGACAUUGUUUAGGCAGUAUUACGUUGUUGUUAUCUCCUACAUUUACUUCACAAGGGUUGUGGUUUAUGCAUUGGAGACGAUAACUUCGUAUCAGUAUCAGUGGACGAGUGUGGUGGCUGCUGAAUUGGCUACGCUUGCGUUUUAUUUGUUCACUGGGUACAAUUUCAGGCCUAAGGCGCACAACCCUUAUUUCGCGCUUGAUGAUGAAGAGGAAGAAGCUGCGGCUGACAAGAUCGAAGAUGAAUUCGAAUUGUGAUAUUCUUGUUUCUGGUAAUUCAGAGUGAUGAUCAUAGCUGCAUUAUGUUUGAGGAAAUGGGCCCCAAGUGAUAGAAUUAGCAAGGUAAAGGUAGGAAUUCAGAUACCAGAUGCAGUUUUAUAUAUAUAUAUAUAUAUAUAUAUAUAUAUAAUUAUGAAUGCUUGAAUGCAUUGUUUCUUACUUAUUAUGCAAAUCCUUUUUCUUUUGGUAUUGGCGCUUUUUGUUUGACUUUGAAUUGUGAUCACGAAAGUUAUUGUUCAAAAAACAAUGUAUUGUUGUUCAUCAAUUAGCAAUAAAUAUUAAAUACAGAUUCAGUUUUUGGUGAA